CGCUUAUCGCCAUCGUCACUUGUUAACCACAACUUCUUAAUUAAACACCUUCACGAAAACUCAUAUUCCACCUAUCAAAAUGACUGGAGGCAAAUCUGGAGGCAAGGCCAGCGGCAGCAAGAACGCCCAAUCCCGCUCGUCUAAGGCCGGUCUCGCCUUCCCUGUUGGUCGUGUCCAUCGUCUGCUCCGCAAGGGCAACUACGCCCAGCGUGUUGGUGCCGGUGCUCCCGUUUACCUCGCUGCCGUCCUUGAGUAUCUCGCCGCCGAAAUCCUUGAAUUGGCUGGCAACGCUGCUCGCGAUAACAAGAAGACCCGUAUCAUCCCUCGUCACCUUCAGCUCGCCAUCCGCAACGAUGAGGAACUGAACAAGCUUCUGGGUCACGUCACUAUUGCCCAGGGUGGUGUCCUCCCCAACAUCCACCAGAACCUUCUGCCCAAGAAGACCCCCAAGAGUGGAAAGGGCCCGGGAAGCCAGGAGCUGUAAACAAUUUCUUUCUAAUUUGGGUUCUCUGAUUCGGCGCGGUUUGGUUCUCUUAUUGAUGUGAUAACGGGGUUCUGGUCGGAACGUUUAUGGCUCUGCGUUUUCUUUUUCUAGUUUCCACAGUUUAUGGUUGUACAUUAUGUCUACGGGCAUGGAAUGAUACCGACAGCAUUUUCACGGAUUCAAUUUUCUAUCCUAGUCAAGACUCGUGUAAGGAGUGCGCUCGCCUUGUAAAGACCAAAUGGUGUCCGUUGAGCUGUUUUCACCUUAAAAAAGUGGCCCGUUAUUUAAGC